AUGGUCUGGCAGCCCCCGCCGGCGUGCGUGCUGCUGCUCGGCGUGCUGACCGGCGCCCUGCCACCCGUCCAGCCCCGGGACUUCACCCUGAAGGACAUCGUCUACCUCCACCCUUCCACCACGCCGUAUCCGCACGGAUUUAAAUGUUUCACCUGCGAAAAGGCAGCGGAUAAUUAUGAGUGCAACCGAUGGGCUCCGGAUGUCUAUUGUCCAAGAGAUACAAGAUACUGCUUUAGCCAACACAUGAUGAAAGCUACUGGAGAGAGCGUCUCCGUCACCAAGCGCUGUGUGCCGUUAGAGGACUGCCUGUCUACGGGGUGCACGUAUGUCAAGCAUGAAGAAUACAAGAUCUGCACCUCCUGCUGCGAAGGAAGCAUCUGCAACCUGUCCCUCCCCAAGAACACAACAGACGCCGUCUUCACCACCCUCUCCCCCCUCAACAAAACGCAGAGACUCUCCCACCCCGUGCUGCUGACCGCGGCGUGUCUCUGGCUGGGGCUGGUGUCGCAGCACUGGGUCACGCUGUCCCGCGUGGGCAGCUGA